AUGCAUGAUUUUUCGAUGCCUGGAGGUGAGCCUGAGUGGCAUGGAAAUCUGGGUGAUAAGGACUUAGAUAGCCUCUUUAGCUUUAUUGAGUUAUAUCUACCUGUAGUUCCAGGAAGCAAGGGAGCUAUGGAAGAGCGUAGGAGAGAGAGCAAGGAGGAUUUAUCAUCAUUUGUAGAAGGAAAGGAUAUACCAUUGACUUUGGGUGAUGGGACUUCUUUACCAAAGGGUAAUAAAAGAAUCUUUAGCUUUCGUGACUCUCUGCAUCUCCUUCCUGGAAAGCUAGAUAGCCUUGCUAAGAGUUUAUGCCCUGGUCUUGGUAGUAAGGGUUCUUUUGAUCAUAAAAAAGUGACAGUCGAAAAUUUGGGUAAGAUGAGAGCUAGCGUGUUAAUGUAUAUGGAGCAAGACAUACGUCUUCUUGGGGGUGUAUGUAAUGCAAAAUUCCUAAAGGUUGUAUUGGACACACUACAAGGUGGACAUUGUGAGCGCGCUCACUUGUUCAGCUAUGGCUCUGAAAAUCUUUCGCAAAAUGAAGAUACCUUCAUUUGUUGUGGAUACUGUGGAGGUCUUACAGACGCUUACAAGAAAUUGGGUAGAAACCUAUUCUACUAUGAUGUGAACUCACUCUAUCCGUUCAUUAUGAAAAAAUGUCCCAUGCCAGGAGUCAAAAAACCUUUUCUCCCCGUUCGGGGAAAAGAUGGUACACUUCUCUUCCCCACGGGUGAUUUGGUUGGUGUAUACUAUAGCGAGGAGUUAAAGUAUGCAAGAGACAUAAGCUACAUUGUGAUUCCAGUCAGUGGGUACCUCUUCGAGAAGAAGGAAAGCCUUUUCAUAGAAUAUGUGAAUUCUCACUUUGAUAGUCGAUUACAGGCAAAGAAAGAUGGAAAUGAAGCUUUGUUAUUUGUUUAUAAAAUCCUUAUGGUUUCGCUCUAUGGAAGAUUUGGUAUCAACCCAAAUAGCACUAAAACGGAGUUAUGUGAUAGCGAGCGCUAUCACUUUUUAAUGAAACAAGAUUCCUUCAUUAGUUUUCAUCCGAUUAUAGAGAACCUAUACAUGGUAUCCUAUCAUACUGUUACGGCUGAUGAUAACAUUCAUUGGGCUCAGCCUAAGAACUCUGCAGUUCAACUUUCCGCCGCAAUCACUGCAUGCACUAGGAUCUACAUACACCCAUUUACAUCAAAGGAUGACUGCUACUACAUAGACACAAACUUUAUUGUUCUUGCCAAUCCUCUUCUAGAGGGCUUAAUAUCUUCCAAAGUCUUAGGGUUGUUUAAAUUAGAAGAUAAAAUCAAAGAAGGAUACUUUUUAGCGCCAAAAGCAUAUGGCUAUAUUUCCGAAGAAGACACAAAUGUAAUUAAGUUCAAAGGACCAGCAAAACACCUGGUGGAUAUUUCUUGGUUUAGAGAACAACUCGCUAACCCUUCUCGUAGGAUGAAAGUCCAAAUCAAAAAUGAAUUCGAGAUUGAUUGGGACAACCAGACUGUCGGUGUUAAAGAAUAUGAUUACAAUUUGGGGAUUAAACUGAACAGUAAGAGGAUUACUCAACCUGAUGGAGAGACUUUACCCAUUGAAGUCAAUGAUAUGUGUGGGGUAGCCAAAUCACUUUUUAAAAAGCUAAUGAAACUGUAG